AUGGACGCACCCGAGGCUUACGGCUCCAGCGAGGAUCCAGAAGUGCGGCAGGCUUUCUCUGACAGUAUCCUGCACAUUUUACGGCCCUUGUCCGUGCUCGAGGUGGCGUCCAGGGUAGGUUCACGGCAGGGCAAGCUGGACCGUGCCUCGCCGGAUGGCUCCGACUCGACCCGCAGUGCGCUCUCGGAGCCAUUCUCCGAUCUGGAUGAGUCGUACAUCCUGCUGGAUCAACGGAAAAAGAAACCCGGCAAAGAUGACGGUGACGACAUGAUGUUGCUCAAUCAGUUCACCUCCGAGUUCCGGCAGGUGUACGACCAGCUCGUCAGCGACAAACAAGACAGGGUUGAAGAAAGUAUACUUCCUCCGGAUGACUCUCCAGAGGAUGGGAUUCCCACCUCGGACGAGCCGAUACCCACCGACUUCGGAGUGACGGACACGGACAGCUUUAGCCCACAGUUCCAGAGCUACAUCGCUGAGAUGCUGCGAAAGUGCGACCUCAAGUAUCAUCUAGACGAGAAGAAGAAGCGACUCGAUCAGCACCGACGACGCCAUCGGCGGGUGCGGAAGGUUCAGCCGGUUGAUCCGCGCGAUCCGUCGGAACCGGCCGAGCGGGACUCGCUCUCCGGCAUGUGGCGAAUGCUGGAUGCCGUCUCCGAACCCAACGGGUUCCCCAUCACCGACGGGGAGUACGACCUGUACGAAGACGAACGGUUCGAGUGGCUGAUGCGGGAGAAGCUUCCCUGGCAUCGGCUGGAAGUGUCGAAGAAGAAGUGCGAACAGUGGCUCAAGAUGGGCCCAACAGUGACGAAGGCGGACGAGCGCCGAUCCCGCGAGUCUCAGCGAGCCUCGGGACAUCGGCGAUGGUAA